AUGGUGAGAAUCAGUGUCCUCAAUGACGCUCUUAAGAGCAUGUACAAUGCAGAGAAGAGGGGAAAGAGGCAGGUUAUGAUUAGGCCUUCCUCGAAAGUCAUCAUCAAGUUCCUGAUCGUCAUGCAAAAGCACGGUUACAUUGGCGAGUUUGAGUACGUUGAUGACCACAGGUCUGGCAAGAUCGUUGUUGAGCUAAACGGAAGGCUUAACAAGUGUGGUGUCAUCAGUCCUCGUUUCGAUGUUGGUGUUAAGGAGAUUGAGAGUUGGACCGCUCGUCUACUUCCUUCCAGACAGUUUGGUUACAUUGUUCUGACAACUUCUGCGGGAAUCAUGGAUCACGAAGAAGCCAGAAGAAAGAAUGUCGGAGGCAAGCCGUCCGCCAUAUCCUUCGGUCGUCUCGCUCCUCUCCGAUUACAUCGGCUCCUUCUCUGCUGUUUCCUUUCAUCCGAUUCGAUGGCUGCUCCACCUGCUAGGGCCAGAGCCGAUUACGAUUAUCUCAUAAAGCUUCUUCUCAUUGGAGAUAGCGGUGUCGGUAAAAGUUGUCUCCUUCUACGUUUCUCUGAUGGAUCCUUCACCACUAGCUUCAUCACCACCAUUGGUAUUGACUUUAAGAUAAGAACGAUUGAGCUUGAUGGCAAACGUAUCAAGCUCCAGAUUUGGGACACUGCUGGUCAAGAACGGUUUCGAACAAUCACCACUGCUUAUUAUCGUGGAGCAAUGGGCAUUUUGCUGGUGUAUGAUGUCACAGACGAGUCGUCCUUCAACAACAUUAGGAACUGGAUUCGUAACAUCGAACAGCAUGCUUCGGAUAAUGUUAACAAGAUCUUGGUAGGGAACAAGGCUGACAUGGACGAGAGCAAGAGGGCAGUGCCUACAGCAAAGGGUCAGGCUCUUGCUGAUGAGUACGGAAUUAAGUUCUUCGAAACAAGUGCUAAGACCAACCUAAACGUUGAAGAGGUUUUCUUCUCAAUCGGUAGGGACAUUAAGCAGAGGCUUUCCGAUACUGACUCGAGGGCAGAGCCUGCGACGAUCAAGAUAAGCCAAACGGACCAGGCAGCUGGUGCCGGGCAGGCCACACAGAAGUCUGCAUGCUGUGGAAGUUAA